CAUUGCUUUCAAACUGCUGCUGAAUAAAAUAGUUAAUAUUUGAUGCUAGCUCUUUUAUUGUUUUGUUUCACGUUAAGUAUUAUUUAAGGGUUUACUUGGACACACACUGACUAGGGCCAGAAUUCUGGGAGCUUCGUAAAAAACAAAUUCAUUUAAACUGUUUGUUAAACAUGUAUUUCCUAUCAAUUAUUUCAUUGGAGAUAAUCAUACAGAUAUAUCUUGUAGUUUUGUACACAAAACUUGCGCUAUUCUGCGGUUUAACUGAAGGACAGGACUUUGAAUUUAAACAAGCUGGCUAUGACAAAAUUGAUAUCCCGAGUCCGAAAGUUUGGAUACGCGAUGUAAGUUUUGAAGGCUGCAGGGAUGAAUGUAAGGCCCGUCCAUCUUACACGGCCGUGAAUUACCACACAUUUGUCUUUCUGUGCGAACUGGACCUAGAGCCUAGUCCUGAAGUUGUUCCGACCACAGACAGAGGUCUACUCUACUGGAUUAAAACGACCCUAGAGGACCAGAUACAGUGCGGCACAGAAUCAUGCGGACGUGGAUUUGUAUGCGAUAAACAGAAGAACAAAUGUGAAGUGAAAGAAUGUGGAACGUUAUCGAUUCCAAAUAGCACCGUCAUCCUCGGUAACGUAAACGCAGUCGGAGCCAAGUUAAAGAUGCGGUGUAAGGACGGGUUUCUUGCACUAGGACCGCCAUUCAUAACUCUAACGUGUGGAACGAACGGAAAUUGGAGUACAGACCGAUUAAUUUGCAUUAAAGAUCCUGAAUGUAAGGGGCAGUUCGAAGUUUGCACCGAGAUUGGCGAUUAUGAUGGCUGUAAUAGCACCGAUGACCAGGGCAAGUGUUUCUGCAAACACGGAGUCAAUGAAACUGACAAAAACAAAUGUUUCUCGGGACAUGUGAUUAUAUGCGAGGGUCACACUGGUUACGUCAUGUGUCCCCUUGGCCAGAAGAUAUCUGUGUACGACGCCUACUAUGGACGGACACACAACGGAACUGUCUGUCCCCAUAACAGUAUAUCCAACCUGAACUGUCGCAAAGAUAGCUCUUUCGAAAUGAUCAAGACUGCUUGCAACAACAAACAGUUAUAA